AUGCAACAGGGUUGCUUCGACGAUGUUUAUGAGAAUAACAGGAGAGUGUUUCUCAGAAGCAUCAGAGACUCAGUUGAAUUUCCACGACUUAGAACCAUUGGUUGCACAAGUUCGACUCAGAUGAAAAGAUAUACUAUGGUCGAACUUAACGCUGCAUACAUGAGGUUUGUCCAAUAUAUUCCGACUGGAAUUCCAAAACGAAGAUGUGGAGUUCCUGGAAGGAAAAAAUCCAUACAGUUGGAAAGUCAUUACAACAACUGA